GACGCCAAAAAAAAUCCCCGAGCAAACACCGAUGCACACUUUUUUAGUUCCGUGCAGAGGAAAACAUCGAGUGCGAGGAAUAUCGAUCUGUGAUCAACAGUGCGGCUGGAAUACAGUAUAAAAUUCGGUAUCCUGCGUGACCACCGAGCAGAGUAACCCAUAGAACGGAGGACAUGAACAGAGUGUAGAUGUGCUGGUAGUCGUUUACGAAGCACCUGUUUGUGUGGUUGAGAGAUGGAAACCAUUGACGAAUCUUCGCCCCUUCGGAUCACCCCGACAGUCCGGGCUCUAAACUCCGCACUGCGGGGGAAGAUCAGAAAUACCCUCGACACGGGCCAUAAAAACGAAGAACGGAUUUCUCCCGAAACAGAGAAGCUUUGGUUUAAGGAGAGUUCAAUAAAAAAUCUUCGGAACAGGGAUUUCUUGUCGCCGACCACGGUACUGAACACGCUAUACGCAGAUGGACAGGUCCCUCCAGCAGUGAUGUCUACGAUCUUGUCUCUUCGUGGCAGCGGGGUUCUCCCUGUGGCUGGGGGUGAGGUGAUGGGAGACGGGCUGAGGGUGAGGGUGGACCGAGCUGCAGCCUUUAAGUCCAUACUGGCAGGUGGAGCCACGGAAUAUCUGAAGCCCUCGAGUGAAAGGCAGGGGUGUGUGUUGGUGAAUUGCCCCGUGCUGCAUCCUAAACCAAGCACCCCUACUCCAGACACACUGACACUUGGCCAGUUGAGAACCAUUCUCGUGGCUGACCACAUGGGGGCACUGUUGAGAAGACAAGGAUUUGAAGUGUCUUUUUGCCCCACGCUUCCCGAGAAAAGCGACAUCAGCACUUUUCUCCGAGGUCUAGGGAUCGAUUGGCCUGCCGUCCCGACCAGUGCAAACAAUGAUGAGCGUGAGGACAAGAUACAGGCGGCACUGGAGAACUGUCCAUACAGAGAGAGCGAAAAGGACAGAAGCAGGAUGACCAGCGGUGGGAAGAAGACGGAGGUUGAGGAUGAAGAAGGAGCGCUGAGGAUCAACUUGAAAAGAGUGUUCCAGGAGGAGGGGCUGCUGGGAUAUGACCCCAGUCUUGGUACCUGCACAGUAUGCAGAGAGAGUGUUUCACAUUUGGCCCAAUUGGAUCUAGCUACUGCCAACUACACAACAACCAUGGCAACAGUGCUACAUGUGACUUCCUGUCAGGACGAGUUUCGUCAGCAGCAAAUAGCCAUGCUGUGGAGAGCCAGUGGAGCGACACACACACAGAGACAUCUGGUGUGUCGCCCUGUGAAGACCCCGGGUUCUCACAUCAGCGCUGCACAGUACCUGCAGCUGAGGAGAGGACAGAUGAAGGAGGCUUCAGAGAUGAAGUACGGAGGUCAGGUAGAAGGUCAAAUGUGGGAUGACAUCAUCAAGGCCAUGACCUCCGCCACCGUCAGGUUUGAGCUGCUGUCCACAGUCCACAGUAGUCCUGUGACCCUGGAUGUCCAGAGGGAGGGGGGCGUGUCCACCAAAGGGCCACGAGGAGGGGUGUUUGUCAUGUACAACUGUGCCAGGCUUCACACCCUGUUUGACAGCUACGAGAGAGGAGUGGAGAAGGGUCUGUACCCAGAGAUCCCUGACGCCUCCAAGCUCGACUUCUCUGCUCUGAAAGAGGAGGGUGAGUGGCUGCUCCUCUUCAACUAUCUCAUACCAUUCUCCGAGCUGCUGGACCAGCCAGCUCAAGCGCUCCACGGAGACGGGGGAGGGGCCAGAGUGAAUAUGAGGACUGAACAGCUUUGCAAAUUUCUGGUGUCCCUCACUAAGGACUUCAGCUCGUACUACAACCGAGUCCACGUGCUGGGGGAGCCGUUGCCUCAUCUCUUCAACCAGAUGUUUUGUCGUCUGUAUCUGUUGAGAGCUUUGAGAGAGCUUUACCACAGCGCUCUGGACUCCCUCAACCUCCCUCCUAUUAGACAACUAUAGCUUCAGAACACACGCACACACAAAGUCCCUCCUGUGGUCACUCUUAGUUCUCCCUCCCCUCCCCACCCACCACACACACACACUCACACUCCUGUAGCUUCAGUGUAUAAACCCUUGGCAACCAGGCGUGGACACACCUUCUUAGCUUUGCUCGUCGUUCCAGUCAGUCAUAUUGAAGUGUGUUUAAUCAGCUCGAUGUUCUGUACAGUUAUUUAUGAACUGAUCUCUUCACUCCCGGUUCAGGUCGUUCUGAAAAGGUGCGUUAGUUGUCUGUUAGAGGAGCUUUUAUGACGUUGAUGAAAAUGUUGUUUUCACGUACACUGAAAUAUUGUUUAUAUUUAAAAAUCCUCUUUUUUGCUGAAUUGUCAAUCAUCGCAGGAGGAGACUGAAGAUAAUCAUUCUACUGUAAAGUGUAACUUAGUGACAUUCGGUGGAGGCAGAGAGACACAGCAGCUACAUUUUUAUACUUCAGUGUAGUGUGAUGUCACUGGAUGACAAUUUGUAGCCAAACUCUAAGUCAUGUGUUCUUACCUGAUUUUUUUUUUUUGUGGUUCCUUAGAUGUUCACCAGCAUCCCUGAGAAAUUAGUUACACAACAGUUUGAAAACUAUUUCAGCAUUUUAACAGGAUGUUGAUCAUUGAACAGUUGUCUGGAAAACAAAACAUUUGCUGAUUUAAAAGAUGUAAUGACACUGACACUGAUUCUGUACAAAUGGACAUUUAUACAUCGUUUUUGGGCACAUUAGUUAGAAGACUAUUUUAUUAGCUUUGUGAAGCAAACUAAACUGAGCCCACCCUGUCAGGUACCUGAGGUCUAUGGGUGUUGUUUUCCAUAAGACAUUAAAGGAGACCAAAGUAAGGACCAGGUCCACAAAACACAAACAGAAUUAAAGUCUUUUCAGUUUGUUCAGUUUUUCGAGACAAAUAAUCCUGUGAUCAAUAAUGCACCGAAGAUUUCUAAAAUUCUUAAAAUGAAUCUAAAUCUUAACUUAACUGUUUCACUUUCCAAAUUUGAAUUGUUCUUGAUUGUUGUUUCACUGCCGUCAUCCUGGUCUUAGUUUCUCCAGGUCCAGAGUUGCCGUCGUCAUUUCCACACAAACGUCUGUUAGUAGUUUUGAAAUACUCAGAUGUGUACAGGAUAUUUCUAUAUUCUGCAUAUUUAGUCGUAAUUGCUGCAAUGAUGAGAUAAUGGACAAACAGUGGUGACUUGGAGGGUGUUUUACUAGCAGCAUUUAAGACUUUGUGCCAAAAUGUAAAGAUGUGCAUGAAGAGGCAUGAAAAUAAAAUAUAUAUAUAUAUAUACAUAUACAGUAUACUGUAUAUGAAGAAAUGUAUGGAAAAAAGGGGUAGUUUGAGUGAAAGUGUUGACACGUUUAAUCAAUGUUUAAUUGUUUUCAGAAGAGUAAAACAUUUGUUUUGAACGUGUCUGUUCAAAUGUGCCAUCAACUGUUUUAAUUUUAGCGUUUGUAUUUUAGCGUUGAUAUUUUCACACAUUUUUA